UAUACUUCAAAAACUGCCAAGAAUUUAGGCUAUUCAAAUUCUUAAAUAUAAACGGCGCCAAAUUUUAGACGUGCAAAGUAACCGAUACUAUACACUCCCUUUUUUCCCGCCCACUUCUCCUAAUUGUCAACUUCCCCACAUUAACUACACUGCCAUACAUCUCUUUUUUAUUUUCUCUUCCUAAUUUGAAUUGAAAUUUGAAGCCAGAAAUAUAAUAGCUACUGCAAAUUGAUUUGAGGUGAAAUUCAUUUGGUAUUUUCUUUCUUUGACUAUGGAGAAUGACCUGAAUAUUCAAGUUAAUGGAGAAAUAUCAGAACUUUGAAGUUUGACGACGUACGUACUUUAUUCCCAAGAAAACUUGUUGAAUACUGAAGUCCCCUUGUAUAUAUAAGGAAGAGGACAGGAAAAUUAUACUGUGCAAGUAGAGAAAAAACAACUCUUUUUUGCACAUAUUGUUGGAUUUUCUAGUGUAGUGGCAAAGGUGUGUUAAUUAAAAUUUCUGACUUCGUUGCUGCUUUUCGAUAUGGCAUUUCACGGGUACACUGCGUUGAUGGUUGUUAUGUUAGCUACGAGUUAUUUACUGGUUUAUUCUGAAGCUGAGUCAUCAUCAAGUCAAUCGUCAAGUGCAAUUUUGAUAAAAGUGGAUCAAUCUGGUAAUGGAGAUUUCACGAACAUACAAGACGCAAUUGAUGCAGUGCCUUCAAAGAAUUCUCAAUAUGUAUUUAUUUUGGUUAAGCCUGGUGUUUAUAGUGAGAAAGUUGUUGUUCCUGCUGACAAGCCAUUUAUAACAAUCAGUGGGAGAAAAGCAGCUGCGAGCAAUACCAUCAUUACAGGGAAUGAUUAUGGAGAUAUAUUUAAAUCUCCCACUUUCACCGUUUUUGCUUCUGAUUUUGUGGCUCGGUACCUUACAAUUCAGAACACGUAUGGACCUGGAGUACAAGCAGUAGCAUUGAGAGUAGAAGGUGAUAAAGCAGCCUUCUUGGGUUGUAAAAUUAGGUCUUAUCAGGACACAUUACUUGAUGAUGUUGGAAGACAUUACUACAAAAACUGUUAUAUUGAAGGGGACACUGACUUCAUAUGUGGAAAUGCCGCUUCUCUCUUUGAGAAAUGUCGUUUACAUUCACUUUCACAAACAAAUGGGGCUAUAACAGCACAACAUAGGCAAUCACCUCAAGAGAAUACAGGUUUCACUUUCAAUGGAUGCAAGAUUACUGGAGUGAAGAGUGCAAUUCUUGGUAGACCAUGGGGUGCCUAUGCUAGGGUAAUAUUUGCCCAAACUUACAUGUCAAGUAUCAUACUCCCUAAUGGUUGGGAGGACUGGAAUGACUCCUCCAGGCAAAAGACAUCAUAUUUUGCUGAGUACAAGUGUUAUGGGCCAGGUGCAAGUUCUGAUAAGAGGGUGAACUGGUUAAGGACUUUGUCUAGUGAAGAUGCUGAACCUUACUUGAAAGAGAGCAUCAUGGGCCCAAAAAGUUGGGUUAGGUCCAAGCCCACACAUUUGACACCUUUCUCUGAAGCCAGUUUCAACAAAAAGAGAAGCAGCCCAUGAAACUUAAAUUUAUUAGUAGCAUAUUUUGCUCAAAGUUCUUCAUGUAUUUCGUGAUUAUAUUUUUUCUUAAAUUACUGUAGUUAGUCCUAAGUUGUUUGUCAAUCGAACCCUCUACAACUAUGAUGGAGGUUUUUAGUGAAGACACAAAAGAUCUUCGAUUUAUUAAGUAGAGAGAGUGCCCUAUCUAUUAAAAGAUUAAUGUAAGCAAACUCUUGUCUUUAAAAUUAUUA